GACGCGAACAAAGGAAGUUUUAUGAUUGUAAGUCCAUGUAAAUUGCUGAUUUUAUGUAAUAUGUUUGCGUGGUGUGUGAUUGCUAUAUAUAUUACGGGAGAAAAAUAUAUGAUAUGUCUCCUCAAAUCUGUAUUAAUUCAAAAUAGCGUGUAGUAAUGGGGCCAAAUGCGUUCGAAAUGUUGGUUUACGUCGACAAUUUGUAAACGUAGCGUAGCCGCCCUUAUGCACUCGGCUAUACAUCAGCGCAACCUCUGUCUCGGUGUCUGCUCUGCGUGCAAUGCAUGCAUGCAUGUAUCGUAUCUGGAAUAUCUGUGAAUGUGCAAUCUUGAUUGGGCAUCGAUGUUGAAACCUGCAUCGCUGUGAGUCGGUGGUUUAUUACACAUGAGUUGCUAGAGACAAAGAGAGGAGGAAGAGAGAGGAGGUUUAGGAAUUUGUCUUUUGAGAGGCUGUCCACAAAACACUGGGCAAGGUGGAAGGCCCGGCACCAAGAAGUGGUGCUUCUCGAGCUCUCCCUCUUGGCAGGACGCAAGAGACACCACAACAAAAUUACCAUAGCAACUACCCCCACAAUGAACUAUCAGUGAGAAAAGUCCCUAGAUGGGUGCCGCCGAGCACCUCAAGACGUGAUGAAUCAGGCAGCCAUGAUAAGCAAGACAUUGUCUUUAGGCGUGUCCGUGGUAUCCUCAAUAAACUUACCCCAGAAAAGUUUGACAAACUGUGCCUGGAACUUCUCAAUGUAGGAAUCCAUUCCAAAGUUAUCCUUAAAGGCAUCAUAUUACUGGUGUUUGAAAAAGCUUUAGAAGAGCCAAAGUAUAGUUCUAUGUACUCGCAGCUAUGUAAGAGACUAGACGAAGACGCCCCCGACUUCGAACCUUCGGGUUCAAAUGUGAAAACUUUCCGGCGCUUGCUCAUCACCAAGUGUCAGGACGAAUUUGAAAAUCGAUCCAGAGCUUUUGCCGCAUUUGACACUCAAAAUGGCCCUCUUAGUGCAGAAGAGCAGGACCAGAGAGUCCUUGCCAAGCUCAAGAUGCUUGGUAACAUACAGUUUGUUGGAGAACUUGGUAAGCUGGGUAUGCUACAUGAAUCCAUCCUCCAUCGAUGUAUCAAACAGCUCCUUGAGAAGAAGAGUAGGGAGAGCCUGCGAGAGAAGGCGGAAGACCUCGAGUGCCUCUGUAAGAUAAUUACCACUGUAGGCCGACGACUCGAUCAUGAUAAGGCUAGGGCCUGGAUGGACCAGUACUUUGAUCGCAUGACUCGCUUCUCAGACAACAUGGAGCUACCCUCCCGCAUACGAUUCAUGUUACAAGAUUGUCUGGAGCUGAGGGAGAACGACUGGAUACCACGCCGUCAUCAGGCUGAUCAUGGACCAAGAACCAUCCGUCAGAUACACCAAGAAGAAGCUAAGAAGGAGCAGCAAUCCCAGCAAGCUAUGGGUCGAUUCACCCCUGAUUUCUUCAACCUCAACGGGGCGAGUGGAGCCUGGCCUGCCAGAGGUGGGAUGGGGGAUCUCUUUCUGCAAGAUACAAUGUCCGGGAGAGUUGGUGCUGGCCCAGGAGUUAUUAGUGACGAGCUUUCCCCUCCCCCGGUCUUUGAGAGCUACAGCCCAAGAACACAACAUCGCCAGCUAGGACAGCAACAGCAGCAACAAGGGCAACAACAGCAACAGCGUGGCAGCAACAAUCGCUCAGAUAGUAGUGACAGGCAACGGGAUCAAGGGCACCAGCAAGGAGGCUAUCAGAAUCCGGCACCCCGAUUCCAACAAAACCGCAACCAGCAGAACCAGCAGCGCGGCAACCGCAACGACGACGUCCCUCCCCAGCAACAGCAACACCAGCAACGCUACCAGCAGCGCGGUGGCCACAACCAGCAACGUGGCGGCGGCAACCAGCAGCAGCAUCAAGGCCGUAACAUGAAUCAACAGGGACAGCAGCAGCAGCAACAUUACCAACAGUAUCCACCGCAGCAACAGCAACAACGCGACUACCAAGGCGGCUACAACAAGCCACAGAACAAGCAAUAUUAUAACAAGGAGAAUCAGGAGUAUCGUGGCCGUGGAUCGGGAGAGCGGGAUCGUGACCGUGAUUGGGAUGGCGACAGGGAUCGCGGAGGACGGAUGGGCAACAGAGGCGGGAUGGAUCAAGGAAGGUACGGACAGCAGCGUCAGGAUCGGCAGCAGGAUAAGUCCUAUGGAGGCCAGCAGCGGGAUGGAGGAGGGCGACAGAGGGAUGACAUGAGGGAUAACAGACCCCCUAGGAUCAAUAAACUAGACUCAGGAGAAAUCAACCUAAGACCUUCAAGCAACAUGGUGCUAAAGCCUCAGGGUCCGCGGUUCCUUCCUCCCAGCGCCAUGUCAACCUCCCCCAACUCCAGCCCCCCUCGAGGCAUUGCCCCCAUCCACAGCCUGCUUCCCCAGAACCCCCCAGCCGGUAUCCAGCCCCCACCCCUGCAGGCGGGCUACCCUGGUCUACCGGUCAAGCAGCCUGCCGGGGGGACCUCUGGGGGAGGUGCUACAGCGGAGAAGAAACAGGAGAAGAAGAAACAGCCCAAUAAGGAGGAGCUCUUGAAGUCUAUGGAGGAACUAUUGACCACCUACCUUGAAAGCAAAGAUGACGAAGCAGUCAUCACCAGCUUCAAGGGUCUCCAAGCUCCCAAGCGUCAUAUCCCUGUUCUGCUGACGUACGUCAUGACCCACUGCAUUCAACAGUCCGAUGCUGAACGAGAGAGUGCUGCCAAUUUGAUGAGUGUCCUCAAGAAAGAGGGAUGUAUCAAUGGCAACAACUUUAUGGAUGCCUUUACCUCCUUUCUGGAGCGUUCCAAGGAGCUUGAAUCCGAGGUGCCGCUCAUCAAGUCCCACACCGCUGGCCUGGCUGCCAGGGCCGUCAUCGACGAGGUCGUCAGCCUCGCAGACAUCGCCGACCCCCUGGAGAACGGAGCCUUCUACCCUCUGUUCCUGCUGAUCCUGCAGCGCAUCGCCAAGGCCAAGUCCAAGGACGGGUUGGUGGCGCUGUUCAACGAGAGUAAGGUGGUGAUGCUGAAGAUGUUGCCGGAGAGCGAUAGGAACAAGGAGAGGAUGAUGGAGAUCCUGGAAGGAAAGAGUCUCAGCUUUCUCUUCCCGUUACUGCGGAUGCAAGCCGAUGUGACAAAACAACUCCAGACUGAUGGAAACCCGAGCUCACUCUAUAAAUGGAUCAAAGAAAAUGUCUCUGCUACACUCCACAAAGACAAGGGCUUUAUCAAUGCCCUUACUGCUAGCGUGAUCAAAUUCAUUGUGGAAGAGACUAGCCUACCGGAGGGGGCGGAUCCAUCAGUUCUACCUGACAAACCCCUGCAGGAGCUGGAGACCGCCCUCCUGGAGAGGUUCGCUCCGGUGCUCCAGAAGUUUGUCCACGUCAGCAUCGAUCUCCAGCUCAGUGCGCUCUAUGCCCUACAGACCCAGUGCUAUACCCUCAGCUUCCCCAAGGGAAUGCUGUUGCGAUUCUUUGUGAAUCUCUAUAACCUUGAAGUGAUCGAAGAGGAGGCCUUUAUCAAGUGGAAAGAAGAUAUUACCGAUGAAUUUCCUGGCAAGGGACAAGCCUUGUUUCAGGUGAACCAGUGGCUAACAUGGCUGGCCACCGCCGAAGAAGAGGAGGACUCAGACGAGGAAGUGGAAGACUGAUCGUCAUGGCAACUCGGCAAGCACGACACACAAUUGCCACCGUUCGAACAACCAAUCCGAGUCACCCAUCCACAAUCUCGAUGCGUCAGUAAACGCCAGUAAUUCCAACCAGAAAUAUAGUACAGAUUUGGAUGGAGGAAGCGUAGAAUUAGCAACACUAAUGUUUUUGGUUUUUUUCACGUUGCCCGACGAGGGCGGUAUAAUACUGUUGUACUAAUCUGGUAUAGCAAGGGUUAUAUUGUGGUAUUUUUCAGUAACAUAAGUGUCUUUUUUUUCAAUUGCAUUGUUUAUGAUUUCUAUGUAGCACAAGCGUAGUAUAUGAUGUAGAGUAGGAUCAAGUGUUUUGUAUGUGUCGGACCGUGCGGAACAUCGUAAUCAUGUUUUUUCUGUUUAUUUUUUAAACAUAAAAUGAAUGAGUGAAAAAUAAAAAAAAAUCAAGGGACUUUCGAGUCAAAUUUGUUUUUAUUGAUACUGAAGAGAUUAAAUGGUGUUGCUUUAGAUGUUGACUGAUGCUUAUUAUGUGCUAUUUCAGGAAAUUAUGAGAACAUGAAAGUAUUGUAAUAUGCGUGUGUAACUUGUAAGAUAUUGAAACUUGAAGUAUUUAGUCAUGUUUAUGUAGGGAUAGUAAUAGAAAAUUCAAAUUCAAUUAUGUCUGAGAGGUGGGUCUAACCCUUUUAAUACAAUUUCUUUUUGUAAUGAUACAUGUCUCUAUGAGUCGUUGUGAUAUUAAAUGUUUAUCAAGUUUCAAAGCGUUUUAUACACCGUGAUGGUACAUUAUAGAUACUAACAUUUCAUUCUUUCAUUAUCUCUUGUUAGCAGUCAAGUUCUAGUUUCACGACACAAACUCUGUUCUUUUUGUAAUAUAAAGUGGAAGAAGGUCUGAAUGGUAGACUAAAUAAGCUCAAUACUGAUCAUGUACAUGUACUUCGGAAUCUAGUUUUCUCUCAAGGCCAUGUUAAUUGUAAUGAAAUGUGAACUAGGGUCUGUUUCUGCAGACAAGACUAAAUCAGUUGUCAAAAUUACUAAUUGGAGUAACAAUAGUUUUUGGAGGAAAAAAACAUUGUUGCAGAUUUGCAUCGAUUGUGAACUAGGGUCUAUGUCUGUAGACUAGUCUUAAUCAGUCAAUAUUAUAUUUUAUCAUCACCAUAUGUUGUCAAAAUUCCUGAUUGUGAUUUAAAUGGAAUAAUGAAAAAUAAUGUGACAGAUUUGCACCGAUUGUUUAGAUUAGCUCUUGAUGUUAAGAGAUUUUUAAAGUAUUCCCAUUCUUGAAAUGGAGCAUUGCUUUCUUUUUAAUCGAGUAAUAUAUUCCAAAUUCUUUCAUUAUUAUUCUGUGAUUGGUAGAUUAACUUGUUAUUUGUUCAUAAGAUUGUCUAGUAAGGGAUGCAAUAACUAAUAGUGUAAGGGAAAUUAAAUCGGUUGAUAAGAAAAAGGAAAAGAUGACAGUUAAAAAAAAAUUUAUCAAUAAAAUUAACUGUAAGACUACCUGCAAGUAGGUUGUCAUUCCAUAGUUUACAUUUUAGCAUUGAAAAUGACUGUAUUACGCCCCAUGGAGCGGCGAGAGUGCAUUUCUUGUAUGCAGGUUUGCCUGAUCAUUAUUACUGGGUUGGUAAUUUGUCGGAAGUGCUUACAGAUAUCAUUGAUUUACGCUUUUUGAUAGUAGUGACUUUAAACGACUGGGAUACUCCCCACGGAGUGGAUAAAGAGCAUUUAAUUUAUACAGAAAAGCUUUAUUAUUUGUUGGGUGAAGUGGUAAUAUUGUCAGUGCUUAGAGACAUCAUUAGUUUCUUCUUUAUGAAAAUAAUGACUUUAAAUUACUGGGAUAUUCCCCACAGAGUGGAGAAAGGGCAUUUCAUGUAUGCAGGCAAGCUAGAUUAUCAGUUCUGGGGUGGAGUGGUAGUGUUGGAAAUGCUUAGAGACAUUAAUUAUUCUUCAUGAUAGUGACUUUAAAUGACUGGGAUACUCCCCACGGAGAGGAGAAAGGGCAUUUCGUGAAUAUUAUUAUUGGGGCUCAUGGUAAUAUCGGCAGUGUUUAGAGACCGCAUUAAUUUAUUCUUCAUGAAAAAUAACGACUUUAAAUUACUGUGGUACUCCCCUUGGAGCAGAGAAAUGACAUUUCUUGUAUGCAGGCAAGCUUGCUUGUUCUAGGGUGGGGUGUUAAUGCAGUGCUUAGAGACUUCAUUAAUUCUUCAUUGAUAAUAGUGACUUUCAAUGGGGUACUCCCCGAGGUGUGGAGAAUAUGUGGACAAGCUUGACUCCAGUGACUUUGAUAAUUUGCAAACAACUUGUCAAAAGUCUGCGCUGUUUCUAUUAGGAAUCCUGCUAUGUAGAGGGUGCUGUGCGUCUUUUCAUAGCGGCUUUCUCGCAUUCUACACUAUUUUAUCUAUGAUGAAAGGUGAGGGUUGGUUUUGGAAAGCUGCUUCCUGAAUUCCUAUAGUGCUCUCGCCUCCGACAAGGUGUUUAAACUCGAUAUUAAAAUUAAAUAGCUCCGAUGUUAUUAUCUUUUGUUUGGCCAGUCUCAAUCCAGAGUUCACGUAUUUGCAAAAAACAAUAUUCUGUAUAGGCUGUAGGUGGUUACAUGUCUGCACAGCUGUACAGAGUUUACUAACACCAAAACCCAAAUAUCAAAAUUCAGAAUGAGUGAUUUCAAGUGUGGUGUUAGCUUCAAUGUUGGUGUAAAGUGUUAGUGUGAAUAAGACUGAAUGACUGUGCAUCUACACCUACUAAUUGAUAAAAAAAGAAACAAUUGCAUUUUUGAUAGAUGAGCAUUUCAUGUAGGGUGUUGAGGUCCGAUGUUGAGGCUGGUACUGGCUUUCAACACUCUGGUGCCAACACUGGCACCAGGUUUUCAACAGGCUUUCAUUAACACUAACACCAGCAUUCAACACUGAAUAUGGAACAUGUAUGAAUUGUAGCAAUCAUCAGAUAUUUCGAGCAGUUAACAAUUACAACUGGUUCUAAAAAGCACAAACAAAUCACUUGUAUCUGUUCUUUUGUGACAAUGCCUUUUCUGUCAGCAAAGAAUAAAUGCACUUUUUUAUAUUACCAUGUACCGUUAGACAUUUCAUCAUAUUCGUUCAACAUAUUGAUGUAUUUCAUGUUGUACAUUGAACUACAGUAAGUAGAUUUGACCAUCAUGUUUGUUUAUUCUUAAUUGUUUAUUUCUGUUCAGAGGCUUGUGCUUUUCUUCAACUGAUAAUGUAUAAAUAAAUGAAUUCAAUAAUGAAAAUACAACUACCACCCUAUAUAA